AUGGUGCAGAUAAAACCGAUGAUGUGUGACCUUUGUUCGGGUUCCGGCGAGUGGUGGUCAUUGGUGGUGAGGGCUGCAGAGGAUUGGUACACUUGUUGGCAGACAGCCACUGCACUUCAACGCGGUGCAUUAGUACCGUCUUUGCCGGAGAACCUUGCAGAUGCACGUUUUAUCCGGUUGGAGGCUCGGGCGUUUGGUAUGUUAAGGGACGCGGUUACAGAUCGUGUUAGGGAAGAGCUGAUUAGCAAACGAACGCUCACCUGCUAUGCUCUUCUUUGCACGAUUUUGAAGACCUACCAGCCCGGUGGGGCCCAGGAGCGUGCAAGACUUCUCGAUGCACUUCAGUAUCCGGGUAAGGCCUCCUCUCCCCAAGAUGCCGUAUCAAAGCUACAACUCUGGCAUCGCUGGUUAGGUCGAGCAGGCUCCCUUGGGGUUCAGAGACCAGACGCUUCUCUACUUCUGAAGGGAUUGGAUGCUCUUUCGGCCCCUUUGCUUGGCCAACACUAUGAACUUCGUUUCAGAGUUAGCUCAGCGAGACAACAGUUGCAACUCGAUCAUAUACCUUCUGAAGCUGGGGUCCUUGAGUUUGCAAGGGUGUUGCAGUCUGAGUUCGAGGUUUUAAGUUUGGCAAUUCCAGAGAAGGCAUCACGAGUCGCAAGGCUUGGGGAAGGCGAUGGUAAGGAGAAGGGGAAGGGUGCCGGUAAGGGCAAGGACGAGGUUAAGGGUGAUGGUAAGAAGAAGGGUAAGCCUUGCAAAAACUGGAUGACGGCAGGUGGUUGUAGAUUUGCGGCUAAAUGCACGUUCGCGCAUGAGCCUGCGGUUACGAUCCAGAGUGGUCGUUGUUUCCGGUGUUCCGCUGAAGGACAUCGGAAGGAUGCGUGUCCAUACGGGGACACCGGAGCGGAAAGCUCCAACAAACAGGGCACAGGGGCGGAAGCUAAAGCGAAGGCCAAGGCGGCUCCUGGUGUCCGAAAGGCUGGUGUAGGCCAAGGUUCGGGGGACCCGUCCGGGGCUGCAGACCAGGGCGAGUCUGGGAACCUCAGCGGAGGACAAGCGCAAGCGGAGCUCCUUCGCGAAGCCACUGAGGCGCUUAAGGCCCUCGCAUUGAAGGCGAUGCGGGAUGUGGCACCUGCUCCAUCCAGUCCGGUUGACGGUAUGCCGCGGUGUACUGGUCGUUGGUUGGGUGGUGGAAGUUUGGAGUUGCUUGAGGGUGGCGGUGAGCCAAAGGUUUGUACUGUUGUGCGUUCCACUUCUCCGGUAGGAUUGCUGGACAGUGGGGCCACUUGCUGCAUGAGGCAAGCACUUCCGGGGGAGCUGGAAGGCUGCACGAAGCGCACGGUGGCUUUGGCGGUCGGCUCGACGGAUCUACAUGUAAACUCUUGCGGCACGAUUUUGACGAGGGAAGAGGUCAUGCCAAUAGUGUCGUUGUCUCUGUUGGUUCGGAUUGGCUACAAGAUUCGUUGGAAGUCUGAGGGCAAUCUGGAGUUGCGAAGCAAAAAGGGGCUGCGCGUUCCGGUUUCCACCCAGUCUGGUUGUCCUGAGGUUGGCAAGAGUUGCGCGCUACGCAUGAUCGGUGAGAUUGAGGGUUACUUGCGGCGUGUGGAAGGAGUUCGCCGGGUGGCUCCAGUGGUACAGGGUGACUUGACCACUGAUCCUUUGGUUGUGUUGGAUCAGAUCCGUUGCCAGAGGGAUGCGGGUGAAGAUACGUUGGGUUUGGUUAGAUGCUGGCUUGCUUUAGCGUUUCCAGAAGCCCCAGCGGAUCUACUCGACCGUGCAGCGGUGUCCGCUACCGUCGUGGGCAUAGACUCACCUUGGAAUCGGCGGCGACGCAGACAGCUGUCACUUGCCAAGGGGGGCAUUCUUCUGAACUUGUUUGGGAGUGUUGCUAGUGGUGAACUUCGUCAGGUUGCUCAGGCUCAAAACCUUGAGUUGUUGGACGUUGAUGUUGAUGAGGAUCCUUCUCUAGAAUCUACUUUUGCUGGAAUCUUGGGACUUGCUCUUGAGGGUCGGAUACGGAUUGUGCUUGGAGAACCACCAUGCCGUACUUUCGGCGCCCUUCGCACACAACCAGGUGGUCCUCCAGUCGCGCGUGAUCGGUCCGGACCGGGACGAUGGGGAAAAGUGUACCUCUCAGAGGCUGAGUCGGCGAAGGUUCAGCAUGACAACAUCAUGGUCAUCAGACUCAUGUCCAUUCUUCGUGUGGCACAUGCUGCUAAUCAGGCCUUAGGCCGGGGUCCCGUAGGCGUAAUGAUUGCACAACCACGUGAUCCCAUGACAUAUGUAGCAUGUGACGCUCCAGACUUGUACCCGUGUUUGUUUGCGACCUUGGAGUGGCAUGAGUUGCAAAAAGAAUUGGGGUUGAGCUUGAUUGCUUGUGACCAGGGAGUUUUAGGUUGUGGAGGUGUGAAGCUCACUCACCUGGCGACAAAUCUCAACUUGAGUUGGCUUACUCCUGUCACCGCGGGAGUCUCGCAGCCACUUGGUGAUGAAGCCGGUUCGUGCGUCUCGGUUGCAUGGUCGCCUUGGCCUCCGGGUCUUGUGUAUGCAGUCCAAGUUGCCGUUCGAGACUUUUUUGCUGAAACAGCGGUGAGGGCCAUGAGUGAAACGGACAGGGCUGCCAUGAAGCGGCACGUUGAACGCGGUCACUUGCCGUAUUGGAAGCGUUGCAGAAGUUGCGUCGAGGGGCGUUCCAAGGAUCGUCGCCACGUGCGUGCUGCGGUUCCCGAGGCAAAUGUGUUAUGCGCGGAUCUGGUUGGACCGUAUGCCGCCGGAGAGGACGAAAAGAUCGCUCGGGUCCGUUAUGCGUUGGUGUGUGUGCUUGUACUUCCGGAUUUAGAGCGCCUGCAAAAGCAGGAACAUCAAAAGCAGGACUCGCUGGUCGGUGAAGGUGAAGGGUGUCUGGAGGCUGCGGGUGCCGGGUUAAGCGACCUAGAUGAUGGUGAUUCUACCGAACCUGGCCCAAUAGAGCCUGCCGACCCUCUACUCAGCCCAGAGUCCGAGGAACCUGGGCCUGACGGAUGGGAGUCGCCAGGUGUGGGUUUCCGGGAAGUCGUUGAGGAUUCAUGCGCAGGUGAGCUUGAAGCUUUGGAAGCCGUUGGCCGCAACCUGUUGGAGAGGCUGCCUACUGUGGAACUGACAUUCACUGAGGUUCUGGGAUCAAAAAGGGGGCGGGAAGUCCUCACAGCUCUCCGGCGAGUGGUCGCUAGGAUUUCAGCUCUCGGAUACCCGAUCGUCCGCCUAAUGACGGAUAGUGGAGCAGAGUUCGUGAACCGUGAUUUGUUGGCUUGGGCAGCGUCGCGCGAGAUUCAGGUUAGCAACACAGGUGCUGACGACUUUCGCCGCAAUGGUAGGGCUGAGAGGUGUGUUGGUAUUCUAAAAGGAAUUGCUCGUACACUACUUCGCUCAAUCGAGCUGCCUGACAAGGCUUGGCCCUUUGCUUUCAGAUAUGCUGCGGAGCUUAGGCUUCGGUCUGCAUUGCAAUAUCUAGGACAUCCGGGAACUCUUCCUUUGGUGCCUUUUGGCACUUCGGUUUUUGCUCGGCAGCGCUCCUGGAAGGUGUCGUUGUGGGAGGCAAAGGUGGUUCAAGCCAUGGUGUUAGCUCCUGCGCGUGAUGUGGCUAAUGCUUUUUUGGUUCAGACGGUGAACGGUGAGUAUUUCGUUACUUCAGUCUUGUUCCGGGAUGUGCUGACAUGUCCGAAUCCACCUGCUGUAGUGAACGAGGACACAUUGCAUGAUCUCGAGCCACCCCUUCGAGCCCCUCAGCGUCGAGUUCGUCGUAAAGUACCCGAAGCUGCCCCCAUCCCUCAGCCUGCCCCGAUAAUCCCUCGAAAGCGGUUUCGUGAGAAGACCACCCUUGCUGCUUUGAGAAAGCACUUCUUCACGGAAGAUGAGCAUGCAGCCAUGCUGGCAGAUACUGUGCCGUUUCAGCUACAUCGUGCGAUUGAGUUUUUGCUCACAUCGUCCUGGGUGCAGUCGGCGUUGAUGCGUGAUGAGCGGAAACUGCUAAGGCAUGAGACCGAGGAUGAUGCAGGAAUGCGCGCGGCGCCCGCUACGGCUGCGCUGCUCACUGACAUUGCAUCGGAGGUUCACUGCCUGGAGCGCGAGCUUGUGUCGUUGCGGGCAGGUUGGUCGGAGCCAGAGUGCGAUGCCUUGCGAGCUUGUCAUGUUGGGGGUGAGCUUGAGUCGUUGAGUGCGCGUGGUGUCGAGCGUGAGCUUGAGUCGUUGAGUGCGCGUGGUGUCGAGCGUGAGCUUGUGGCAUUGAGAGCUUGUCUUGCAGAGCAUGAGCUUGUUGGUUGGAGAGCGUGCCCCGCGGAGCAUGAGCAUGCUGUGUUGAAGGCUUGUCGUGUCGCUGCUGUCGCCGAGGCAUCUGACCACCAUAGGGUUUCCGAUGAGGUUCCAGCUCCGUUGCAAACGCGGACCUACAGCAACGAAGAGGUGUUUGCCGAGUGGUCGGAGCCUUGGAUCGAGUGCACUCGCAAGGAGUUGUCGUCGCUGCUAGAUGUUAAAGGUGCUUUGGCCAGGACUACCGAGGAAGAAAUCCAACGUUGGGUUGAGGAGGGGGCAGAAGUCACCCGAAUCCCAUCAAAGACGGUGUACACGCGGAAAGCGGUAAGUGGACGCCGCAAAUGCCGCAUCGUGCUAUGCGGUAACGCUUUACCCGCCAACCUUGAUGAAUCCUCCUUGGACCGUCGACUGGCUACUUACGCCGGGGGUGUUGACAUCAGUUUGUUGAGAGUCCUCCUAGCCGAAGCUGUGGAGCACCGCUAUCAUCUGGCGGUUUGGGAUAUUUCCACGGCGUUCUUGAACGCCCCGUCCCGUCCCAGAGAUCUGAAAGCAGCUCACCGGGGAAAGACGCAAAUUGUGAUCGCAGCACCGCCAAGACAACUGGUGCGUCGAAAGCUGAUCCCCUCCCACGAACUGUGGAGGGUAGUGUUGGCCGUUUACGGGUUGGACACAAGUCCUCGUGACUGGACGCUGUUUCGCAACGAAACCUUGCGCGACUUGACGGUGCUGGUGGAAGGCGAGGUUCUUCGGUUGAAGGUAUGUGCUGCUGAUAGCAAUAUCUGGUUUGUCGUGCGGCUGGAAAGUGUUGACGCGCCCCUGAAUGUCGGUGUGGUGUGUGGCUGGCUAGCCAUAUACGUUGACGAUUUCUUAGGUGCUGCUCGGCGAGUCUAUGUCGAAGCGAUUUACCACAAGAUCAAGGGCAUUUGGGACAGUGGUGAGUUGGAGCACGUUGUGUGCCGGGGGCAAGGCGAUUCAGUUCGAUUCAAUGGGCUCGAGCUGCAAUGGGACAGCGACGGAAGCGGGUUGUACGUCCAUCAGUCAUCCUACAUCAAAGAUCUGGUUGGGCGAUACCCGGAAGUCAAGUGUCAAGCUGUGCCCCUGUUGCGUCCGCUUUUGAGUGAAACGGCCGAGGAUGACAUUGAGGGCCACCUCAAAGCUUGCCAAAAGGUCUGUGGCGAGCUCCUUUGGCUGGCCGUGAGAACACGACCAGACCUGGUGUUUGCAUGCUCUCGCAUUGCAUCUGCGAUGUGCAAACGUCCACAAGAGGCCUACGGGGCUGCGCUUGGUGUUGUUGGAUACUUGAAGACUACACCUGUGCUUGGCUUGUUCUUUACCACGAAGCCGAGUGCUCAUUGGGGGGAGGCCCGCCGUGCCGUCCAAGCCUCUGGGCUACUUGAAGUGCAUACCGAUGCGGGCUUCGCGGAGUUGGUCUCUACCAUCUCCGGCUGCAAUCUCGGCGACUCCUUGGCCGUCCUCUUGAACGAGUUGUAUUCCAGCCAGGGUUUUCGAAAGAUUCUCCUGAACGACAAUGCUGCUGCCAUCGGCAUCCUAGCUGCGGACACCAACAGCUGGCGCACGCGUCACCUCAAGAUCCGUGCAGGGGCAUUGCGGGAGAAGGUUGCUUUGUUUGAGUGGGAGGUGCUGCACCUCGAUGGUCAGCAUAACACGGCUGACAUCGGGACCAAGAUCCUCCAACAGCCUCGAGUUGAACGCCUGCGGGAUCUGAUCGGCAUGAGUGCUGUAGAACCUGCGGUCAGCACCCCUGCAUCUGCAGGGGUUGCUAGAGUUGCAAAAGUGUUGGGCGCGCUUGUCUUUAGCCUUUGCGUUGAACCUUCGGCUGGGGUGCGUGAUCAAGCUGAGUUUUCGGAAGGCCCGUCUUCAUGGAUAGACUGGAUCCUGUUUGCAUUGCUGGUGGUGUGGACAAUCGCAGUAAUUGCAGUGUGGGAAGUGUUGAAGGGUCUCUUUGGGCAGGCCACCAGACGGCCGUUUGAGCCUGAACCUCACGAGGAACCGGAAGGACCUGAAGAAGCGGAUCCUGAAGAUGUUGCUCAAGAGAUCGUUCAUGAACUGCAUUACAUCGAUGACACUGCCCAGUUUCGAGUUUCGUUGGACCCUCAACCUGCCUCUUGGUUGUAUCCGGCACCGCCGUUGCGCCUGAGAGCGGGUUGGCCUGACCCAGUCCAGCUCACUUUUGAGGACCUUGCUAGAAGCAGUUCGGUUUGGGGUGGGGAUGAAAGCGCGUUGUUUCUGUUGCCGCCCGCUGACCAAGCAGACUUUUUUGAGUCUCCCUCUGCUGGAAGGGCGGUUGUGGUGACUAGGUGGCACUCCACUCCGAGGGUCCGAAUGUUCACGCCAGUGCACACGACCACACCUUUCCGUCUUGAAGUGUUCACCGGGCUCCGACGAACGCUGGUGCAGUAUCUUGAUGGUCGAAGAUCAGUCAUCGAUGAUGACUGGCGCGUCAGAGGCGCUGGACAGGCGUAUCUGCAGAGCCGCUGGCGGGGUCGCACUGAGUUACAGAUUGAUGUUGAUCUGCUUAGCCCCCGGGAGGCUGCUCAGAUCCGUCGUUUAGCGAUUGAUCAGAGUGCGCCGCUCAGACGCCGCUACCGGCGGCACUGGGAGUAG